AUGUUGGUCGGUGCGAAUUUGUGUACGCCCAUGAUGUUUCCGAGUUUUGUGCAAAAUCCGUUGAUGAAGACUGUUAGCCCAACGCAUGAGCCCAUAAGGAUGGUGACAUCUAUGCCCUCUACCCCAGUGCACGGUCCAUUGGACAGGAGUGCCUCACCCCUCACCCCCGCAGAGAGGACAGGCGCUCCCCCAGGCGCGGGAAAGGACGCUGUGAAGCUUUUUAUUGGCCAAAUACCUCGGCAUCUAGAGGAAAAUGACUUGCGCCCGAUGUUUGAGGAAUUUGGAAAAAUUUAUGAACUUACAGUGCUGAAAGACAAACACACGGGCAUACAUAAAGGUAAUCCUAUUCGUAGAGACAAGUGA